CAUCACUGCGUGGAAGAACUGUCAACAGCAGAGGAAGCUGUCGUUCCCAGUGUCUUCAUCUGUUCCCACGGAGGACUAACAGGUGAUCUGAAGUGAGGGCUCCCGUACAGCGUACGUCGCCUCCGGUCCAGCCCGUCGGGGUUCCCGGGUCUCUGUCCCGCUGUCAGUCAUGGAUCCGUUUGACAGUAACUUGUCGGCAGAGCGCGCCAACCUUCCGCGGAACAUGAUCGAGAACAGCAUGUUUGAGGAGGAGCCGGACGUGGUGGACCUGGCCAAGGACUCCGCGGCGUUCCCGGCGUUCCCCACCCUGGACCCAGACGAGGUGGUCUACGAGCCCCGCAGCUCCCGCCUGCUGGUCCGCGGCCUGGGGGAGAACGAUAUGGACGACGAUGAGGAGGACAGCGAGUCUUCGGCGCGGCUGCUGGGCAUGUCCUUCAUGAACCGCAGCGCCGCCCACCGCGCUGGCUCCUACCCCUACGCACGGCAGGCCCUGCCCAGCUCCUGCUCGCGGCCGUCCACUCGGACCACGGUGGUGUGUGUGCUGUUCCUGGUCAUCGUGGUGUCGAUGAGCAUGGUGCUGUACUUCCUGCCCGGCUGUACCUUCACCAGGACGGGCUGUCCCAAGGAGAACAGCACCGCCCCCAUGGAGCCCGUGUACCCCAACUCCACCUCGGGGGAGCCCUUCCCCUGGGCGGAGCUCCACCUCCCGGCCAGCGUGCGGCCCGUCCACUACGACCUCACCGUGAACCCUGACCUCGACGCCAUGACCUUCACGGGCCGCACCGUCAUCAGCAUGGCCGUGCUCCACGCCACCCAGCGCAUCGUGCUGCACGCCGCCGACCUCACCGUCACCAAGGCAACCUUCCAGCUGGGCGAGGGCCAGGCCGAGGUCGUGACCCUGCUGGAGUAUAAGCCCCACCAGCAGGUGGCCGUCCGGUUCCCUGAGGAGCUGAAGCAGGGACAGCGCUGUGUGCUGACGCUGGACUACCACGCCGGCCUGUCCAACACCUACGACGGCUUCUACAACAGCUCCUACACCGACAAGGACGGCAAGAAGAGGGUCCUGGCUGCCACCCAGUUCGAGCCACUGUACGCCAGAAAGGCCUUCCCUUGCUUCGACGAGCCCGCCUUCAAAGCCACCUUCCGGGUCACGAUCAGUCGCAGGGAUGGCUACGUCGCUCUGUCCAACAUGCCCAAGGCCAAGACCACCAAUAUCACCGGAGGCCUUCUGCUGGACGAGUUUGAGAAGAGCAGCGUGAACAUGAGCACCUACCUGGUGGCCUUCGUGGUGGCCACCUUCCAGAGCGUGAGCAAGAAUGUCUCCGACACGCUGGUGUCUGUGUACUCGGUGCCGGAGAAGAAGGACCACACGAUCUACGCCCUGGACACGGCCUGCAAACUUCUGCAGUUCUACAACUCUUACUUUGACAUCGCCUACCCCCUCAAGAAGCUGGACCUGGUGGCCAUCCCCGACUUCCUGGCGGGGGCGAUGGAGAACUGGGGUCUGAUCACCUUCAGGGAGACCAGCCUGCUGGUCAACAACCAGUCCUCCCCCCUACAGAAGCAGCUCAUCGCCUCCGUGGUCGCACACGAGCUGGCUCACCAGUGGUUCGGUAACCUGGUGACGAUGAGCUGGUGGAACGACCUGUGGCUGAACGAGGGCUUCGCUACCUACAUGCAGUACAUGUCUCUGCAGCACGUGUACCCCCUGCUGGACAUCGGAAACCACUUCCUGACCGUGCGCUUCAGAGCGCUGGACAAAGACGCGCUGAACUCGUCCCACGCCGUCUCGGCGAGGGCGGACACGCCAGAGCAGGUGGCCGAGAUGUUUGACUCGGUCUCCUACGAGAAGGGUGCCUCCAUCCUGCUGAUGCUCAACGCCUCCCUGAGCGGGGACCUCUUCAGGAAGGGCAUCGUGGGCUACCUCAAGAAGUUCAGCGGCUCCAACACGGUCACAGACGACCUGUGGAACAGCAUUGCACAGGCCGACGUCACCCACCAGCGCCCCAACAUCACCGGCAUGAUGAACACCUGGACCCAGCAGAAGGGCUUCCCAUUGGUCAGCGUCAGCCGGGACGGAGAUCAGGUGACCCUCACGCAGGAGCCCUUCCUGCUCAGCACCGACGCGACCGAGAGCGCACCCAGCCGCUGGCACAUCCCUGUGACCUACGUGGCGGCCGGCUGCAGCCUGACCCCGGACUGCGUCCAGGUGUUCACCCUGGAGGACCGAAACGCCACCCUGAAGCUGUCUAAGGAUGUGAAGUGGCUGAAGCUGAACUUCCAGAGCACCGGGUUCUACAUGGUGGACUACGGCACGGCGGGCUGGGCGGCCCUCAUCGAGGCCCUGACCGAAAACUGCACCGUCCUGCCCCGAGAGGACCGCGCCUCCCUCAUACACAACAUGUUUGCUCUGUCCAGGCUGGGACGCGUGUCGUUCCGGCAGGUUCUCAACCUGCUGGCGUACGUGGUGAACGAGACGGAGGCGGCGCCGGUGAGCGAGGCGCUGGCCCAGCUCAACACGCUGCACCUGCAGCUGGAGAAGAGGAACGAGCUGGACCUGGCCGCCCACCUCAAGUCCUACAUCCUGGAGCGGUUCGAGGCCCUGAUGAUGAAUCAGACCUGGGGGGAGGAGCCGAGGGUCUCCAAUCAGGAGCUGCGGGCGGCGCUGCUCCAGACGGCGUGCGCUCUUGACGUUCCCGACUGCCUCCAGAAGGCCUCCGACCUCUACAGGCAGUACGCCAACGGCAGCGCCAGGGUCCCCGGGGACCUGCAGAGGGUGGUGUUCUCCGUGGCCGCCCGCUCUGAGGACGGCUGGGCGGAGCUGAUGGAGACCUACGCCCAGUCCAGCGACGACGCCCAGAAGAGGAAGAUCCUGCAGGCCCUAGCCUCCACCCGCGACACGCGCCACAUCGCCCGCAUCCUGAUCGAGGGUCUGCGGGGGGAGCUGGUCCAGACCACGGAGCUGCCUCUGAUCAUCAGCGCUGUCAGCGGGGGCUUCGCCGGCUCCCUGCUGGCCUGGGACUUCACUCAGCAGAACUGGGACGCCCUCAUCCAGAAGUUUCCUGUGGGCUCCUUCGCCAUCCAGAGCAUCAUCAUGUCCACCACCUCCCACUUCUCCACACAGACGCACCUCGACCAGGUGAGGAACUUCCUGGGCUCCCUGAAGAAGCGCGGCUCUCAGAUGCGCAGCGUCCAAGUCGCCGUGGAAACCAUCAUGUUGAACCAGCGCUGGAUGGACGCCAACCUCCCGGACCUCCGACACUGGCUCUAACCCCCCCGGCCCCGCCCACACUUGGCCCCGCCUUCGCAGGCCCCGCCCUAAACUCCAGACACUGGCAGUAUAGCUCCUUGAUAACGAGGAAACACAGAAGCCAAAGGUUGCUCUCACUCCGUGUGUGUGUGUGUGUGUGUGUGUGUGUGUGUGUGUGUGUGUGUGUGUGUGUGUGUGUGUGUGUGUGUGUGUGUGUGUGUGUGUGUGUGUGUGUGUGUGUGUGUGUGUGUGUGUGUGGGGGGGGUCCUCUUGCUCAGGAUGGCUCCCACGGCCUCGUUCCCAGACGUGACCCCCCCCCCCCCUCCCACCUUUUUAGCACUGUCGACGACCAAAACCCCUGUUGUCAUGGUUACACCAUUGCCCCACACCCCCAAAGCUCCAGCGGUCAUGGUUCCUCCAUGACAACCAUAAAGCCUCCAGACAGACGGAGUCCGGGUCCGGGGGCGUGGCCUCUGAGGUCCCCCACGUGAAGGACGUCUGAAGCUGAAGGCCUGGACGGGGGACGGGGGUGGGGGGCUCACACGGGACCACAGCACAGGGGGUUACCGUGGUGACACUGCACUGCCUCGCCUUCACAGCCAUGCAAGAGACUACUCCUCACCUCCGCUCCUCACCGCCUUCUGACCUCCCUGCUCUUCUCCUCACCUCCUCUCCUCACCUCCUCACCUUAGCUGAUUACUCCGAGCUUUAAGCACAUCAUGUAGGUGGAGAUCUAUAUUCCAGAUCUAUGUCCUCGACCUAUGUCCUCCAGGCCCCACAGCGGUGGAGGUCUGGUCCAUGAACCACUGUGUCUUAGUGGGGGGGGGGUCCCGUCUCAUGCACUGGCCCCCUCCCAUUGGCUGCUCCGUCCAUAGGGCGUGGCCGUUUCCUGUUCCUCCUGCGUGAACCAAUCAGUGUACAUAGCCGAAGACGAGGGCCCCGGGGCCCCUGAUGAAGAUUGUAAAUACGACCGGGCUCCGCCCACUGCUGUUCUAGAUGUCUUGCUUCCGUUGAAGAUUUGACGAGUUUUGCUUUCUGAGGCGUCCGCGAUGCGUGAGCAGGAAACAAACAAAGAAUGUGAUCAGGUGCUUUCCUGUUGUGCUUUGGCCGUUUUAAACGUGUGAAGGCUUUGUCUGUUGAGUGUAUAAUUUCAUAUCGUUGGUUUUAAGCGUUCUCAGUGUUUUUAUUCGGCGUGCAUUCACAGCCACGCUCCUACUUCCUGCUUUCACCCAUAACCUUUGACCUAUGACACUCCCUGUGGAGGUGGGGGGCGUCUGGCCUGCAGGGGGGGUAUGGAGCACCGGAUCUGCUGGGGUGAUGGGGUCUGAUUGCUCCAUGAUUGACUCCUACCACGUUGGGCUCCACUCACUGUAACGGGUUCACAGGAGUCAGGACACAGUGCUUUAGUGAAAAUGAAGCAAACUCCUGUUCAUUUCCAGUUCGUGGCAAAUAAACAAUGUCACAAGAACAAAUGGACACCGUCGAAUGUUCAUUCAGCCCUUCUCGUGGUCUAGCGACGCUCUCUCUGGCUCGCAUAGAGCGUCUUCCUUCUCUCUCUUAAGGGUUAGGGUUACCCCUCACUGAAAGACAAGCAGGCACAUAAAUACACACUUCCUGAUUGGGUCAGAUUGCAGACACCUGUCCGCAGUCAGACUCCGGUGCUCUGUACUCCCCCUGCAGGCCAGAUGUCGCCCCACCUCUACACUCCCGUUAGGAUCUGGAUCGCGUUUCGCUUCUGCAUUCAAGCGACGAUCAGACCGGUGUGCAGUCGCAGUACAGAACCGCGACUGCAGGGAGAGCAAACACAAUAAAUACAUACAGUCCUUAAGAAGCAGAUAGUGUGUGUGUGUGUGUUCCAGAAGGUCUCCCCAAAGUCUGACGAGUUCAACCCUAAAACAACAGAGGUCAGCUCUGCCUUUAAGAUUGGAUCACUCAGUAGAACGAGUUGAUGGCUUCUCUCCCUCUCGUUCCCGCCCGUGAACACGACGACUGUUUCUUCGUAUCAUCAUACAGAUGAUGACGAAGGCUCCUCUGAGCUGCACAUCAAUUCCAUGAUCACUCCUCUGCACAACGCAGACAUCCUGAUAGUUCUUACAUCUCGCUGACACCAAAGCCCUCCACCCUGUUGCCCCCCUCAGUCUCCCCCUCCGUCUCCCCCAUGCUGGCUUGGUGUGUCUGUAAAUCCAAUUUAUUGGUUUCCCACUGAACAUUAGAGCAGCAAAAUGUACAACUUCAGAAGGAGCUAAUCCAACUCCCUUUUUGUUCAUAUAAAUAUUGAAGUGGGAGAGUGAUUGCAAUGUUACAAGAUAAUAGUUCAAAAAUGUUGUUAAAUGUCUCUUAGGUCUGUGCAGGAUUGACUGGGACUGUGUGUCGACGUUGAUUUGGUGGUUAGUUUCUGCUUGUUCAAAUACUAAGCUAUGGUGUCAAGCUUCCACAUGGAAAUAAAGCUGGUUUUACGUG